UCAUCCCAUGCGAGUUCACACAAUCAGUACUUGACAUGUUCCGUUCAACCCCUAUCUCUUACUGUGCCUUCUGUCAAUAUAAGAAAGUAUUACCAUUUGAGAGUAACCUGAAUGCCACACACUGUCAUACUCUAUUCUGCAAAUCUUGCGUAUCUGUGGAAGAAAUAAUCAUUACUGGCUGUUAAUGUUUAGCUCCUGGUCAAUCUGAUUGAGCAGAGCUAUGAUCAAAGACUUUUCAUUCACCCCAUCCGUUUCUUUGCCAUUGUGUAUCUUGGAUUAAUGUAGUUCAAGGUACACUGUAUAAUGCUGCCUCUCGUUUUCAGUACUUUUACGGUAUGAUUUGGGAGAGUUUGGCCUGCUAUUUCUAAUGGUUCCAACGACACAGUUGGCUCUGUUUUAGAAUUGUUCUAAGGUCCAGCGAGUGUGCUUAUGCUGUUGGAAAAGGCAUGAACACCACAGGAUCCUUUUCCCUAAAACCCUGGGCCUUUAUAUUAAAACAGUUUGCCAAGGUAUUGGACACUGAAGAAAUUGAUAUGGAAAGCUUACGCAAAUUAUGUUUCAGUGGUUGUCCUUGUGAAUCAGGUUACAGAUCUAUAUGCUGGAAGCUGCUGCUGAAUUACCUCCCUUUGAAGAAGAAAGACUGGCAAAUGUGGGAAGACAAACAAAGGGCACUAUACAAUCAGUUUGUACAGGAAAUGAUUGUGAAACCAGGUUCAAAUAUAAAUGAAAAGAAGGCUGAUGUUACUAUGGAAGAUCAUCCACUCAAUCCUAAUCCCGACAGUGAAUGGGGUGCUUAUUUCAAAGACAAUGAGAUGUUAGUACAAAUCGAUAAAGAUUGCAGACGUUUAUGUCCUGACUUGUUUUUUUUCCAAAAACCAACAGACUUUCCAUGUGAGGAAAUGGUUAAUGCCAAAACCAAAGUAGAAACUCUACGGAAACGGGUUGAACAAUGUGUGUUACAGUCAGAAACUGUUUCUCGUAACUGGUUAGGCAUCACAAAUAUGAUGUCUAGUCGGAAGAAAUCCCAGGAAGAAUAUUCUGUCUUAUCAGAAGGAAAAGAAGCCCAUUGGGAAGUUGUAGAACGUAUUCUCUUCAUUUAUGCUAAACUCAAUCCUGGAUUAGGAUAUAUACAAGGAAUGAAUGAAAUCCUUGGCCCUAUCUAUUACACAUUUGUGAAUGAUCCUGAUUUAAAGUGCAGGGAAUUUGCAGAGGCUGAUUCUUUUUUCUGUUUUACUAAUCUGAUGUCAGAAAUCCGAGAUAACUUUAACAAAACAAUGGAUGAUUCUGAUUUUGGAAUUGGAAGCAUGAUGAAACAGCUUAUGCAGAUGUUAAAAGAGAAGGACCCUGCUUGUGCUCGGAAGCUAGAAGAACAAGAAUUAAAACCUCAGUACUAUGCUUUUCGAUACCUCACCUUGCUAUUAUCUCAAGAGUUUCCUCUACCAGAUGUGCUUAGAAUUUGGGAUUCACUACUGUCUGAUGAGAAACGGUUUCGUUUUCUUAUUACGAUCUGCUGUGCCAUGUUAAUACUCCUUCGUAGUGAUAUACUCAAAGAUGAUUUUCCUACCAAUAUGAAGUUACUUCAGAAUUUCCCCUACACUAAAGUUGAUGUACCAACUAUUAUUGCUAAAGCAUGUGAGCUGGAUGGAUACAGGUAGUAGAUAUCAGUGGGACUGUUUCUAUUUGGACUCCUGUUAUUGUUACUGUGUAAAGUUCGGGGUGUGUGGCAGAAUUAAUCCCAUGUCACUCUCUGUUCUGACUUGGCACCAACUACAACUAAAGCAUGGCUCUGCUAAUAUUCUUUCUAGCCACAUCAAAUUUACACUGCUACAUUUCCACACAACUAUGGCUUUAGUGUGCAAUUUUACAUGCUCUCCUCUUUUCACUGUUGUUUAUACCUGUCUACAUACAAAGCCAGUUUGUUCAAUUUUGUCAUGGUUAAAAUACUCAGCUCAUUUUGUUCAGCCAUGAUAAUGAAACCAAACUUACUAACUAACUAUUGCUUGUUCAUCCAAAAACUGCAUCAGUACUUGUAACACAACUACUAAUACUACUACUACUACUACUACCACCACUAUUUAAAUGCUAACACUAUAUUUAAAGAUGAGGCUUGUUCUCCUUCCCUGCCUUCUCAUUUUUAUACACAUCCCUUUACACAUGCACUAUAGCAACUGCAUGAAAAAAAUUGAGAUUGGGAAUGAGUUUCUGAAGUGUACGGCUUCAGGAAUAUUUUGUUUUGCUGACGAAAAUAAAUACUAAAUUCUGAUUUAUUUUCUAUUUUGAAAGAACAUCUCUAAAUGUGUUGGUGAGUAGUCUGUGAUUCCAUAAGAACUGAUUACAAGAAUUGAUAAUUUCAAGUUCAGUUGUGAGUAAAGCAAUGUUUAAGUCUCUAAAACAUCAAGAAGUAGCCGUUUACAGUUUAUUUAAACUCUCUAUUUAUACUCUUUGAUGAAUUUUCAAUUGAAUUUGGAUUGAUCCAAAUUUUUCAUUAAGAAAUUCACUUCAUUAUCACUAAUGGGCCACACAGUUAUUACAGUAAAGUAGCUGGGGAAGAAAUUAUCAUCAUGAGAAAGUAUUCAAUUCUUUGUUUUAUGUUUUUUUUUGUUUUUUUAAUUUCGAUUUAGCCCUAGAUGAUAUUUUAAUUAUUUCAUCAAAUAAUUCAUUACUCUAAUUUAGUUUGACUGAAAUUAUCAAAUGUUUUAACUCCCUUUUAAAAAAUAAAUGAAUAACAAACAGCACUAAAUAAUGAUUUCUUUUUCUAGACUAUCCCAAAACCUGAUUUUGAUUGCUAAAAUAUGGCUAUAGUGCUAUUGGUUUUGAAAAGAAACUGAAAAGAGCCUACGUGAAUCUCUACUUUCAAUUGUGGAUUUAUGUUAGUAUUGCAGAUUCCCCUAAUGACAAAAAAAGUGGUAACUGUUAUUAUCUAAGCACUAAAAUAUUCUGGAGAGUCCAUGUUUGGUGUGAGUAUGCUUACAGGUGUAGAUUUUAUACCACUGUUAUUUGUUUUACAGUGAUUGUUGAUAUAUCAACCUUUCUUUAGCAAGUCAAAUUUGUAAUUCAGUGAAAAUGUUUAUACUGAUAUACUAAGUCAUAGUUGAUGCUGGCUAGAUAUAUCAGCUAUUGGUCUACUGGCCAAAGUGUCAUAAUAUACUGUACUGUGUUUAUGGCUCACACACAAGUCAAUAUUCAAUUCAAAUGUACCCCUUGUAAGUACAUCUCACUGCUGUGAGCAGUAGGGUCAUAAUAUAACUGACAAGUGUUCUGUUAACUUGCAGUGUUAGCUGAGUUCAGUUCCCAGUUUAACACCACCUCCUGACCCUUGGGUGCUUUUUCAGUUACACUCUGUUGUAAUCAUUUCGAUCAGGUCUCUGGUCUGAAGAUAACUUCCCAUUUGUCACAGGAACUCUGAAAAGAGUCAUGGCACUGCCAUUCCUCCUGUAGGGAAGCAAUUAAAAGAAAAUUCCUACCAUAGGCAAUAACAAAGAGAGAAGGAACUUUGGUAUGUUUUUGUGGUAUGUCAACAGUACAGUGUUUACUGGAACCACUGCCACAACCACCUUGUAAGUUGUAUUUUGGAAUGCAAUGAUAGACUGUAUCUAGACUAUACAACUCUAUCUCCCUUGAACAACAAGCUUCAUACAUCAUGUAGAAACAGUAGAACAAUGGUAAAUGCUUUAUAAAUCAAAAGUGAAUAUAGCUUUGAUUCUAAAUUACAACCACUUGUAUUACUCAUACUCAUGAAAACAUCAUGCACAUCACAACUCACUUCCUUUCACCUGGUAAAUUUGAGAUCUUUAUGCCGAUGUAAAAUAAUUAGAAUUACGAACUGUCUACCUAAGAGUAGUGGGGGUGGAAAAUGCUCUUGAGCACUAGAAAAUAUCUAGUUUUAAACUGAGUUCAAUCUCUGCUGAAGCGGAUUUUGUCUUUCAUGAUAAAAUGAUUACAAGUUGAUUCAAUAUGUCAUACCUCUUCCCUGUAAAUGUUUGCCUUGUACUGAAGUUAACAGAAAUAAUUACCUUAUUAAUUGAUGCUAUACAGUGUAAGGUCUUCAAGAAAUUAACCAUGGUUAAUUUAUUUCAUUUUGUUUUGUUGUUGUUGUUUCACACUGGGUCAGUCCUAAUAGAACAAACUUAUGAUCAAAAGCAUUCCAGCCAUGAUCAUUGGGAGGGGAAAAUUAUGUAUGUAUCUAUGAUUCUGAUAUUCAAAAUGUCCUUUCCAUUUUAAGACAAUAGAAUAUGAUUAGAAAGAGAUUUGGUUGCUAUAUCUAGCAGAUUAAGUGAUCACAUAGAGGAUCCCUCAUUAUAUCACAAGUUUCUAUUUCCUUUCUCUUAUAAUUUUGUUUAUGAAAUUAUCAUUAUUGGAAUGGCAGCUAUGGUGUAACAUUAAAUUCUUGGUUAAUCAAAUCUUUAACAUGAUUUUGAGCCAAAGUUCAUUUCUGUUUGGCUCACUACAUAUAAAUAUAAUGCUGUCAAAAAAGACAUAACCUAGUAUUGCAAACUAAAUGAUGUCAAUUCUCUGAACCAAGGAUAAAGACUUCCCUUCUCACCUGUCUCAGGGCUGUUGGAUGCAUUACAGGUAUUGUGCUUACUCCUCUGAUUUACCCUUUGAUAAAAUGAAUAAAUAAAAAAAUAAAAAAAAUUACCUUUCCCUUAGAUAUCAAUCCUUUUACUUUUAUGAUAAGUAUUGCCAGCAUUUGAACUUGGGCCACUUUUGGAUUCAGACUACAAUGUUAUAAUGAUUUCACACUGACAUUGGAUACUUCUGAACUCAAAUAGCACUUGGAGUGAUUUUUGCUUUCAUUUCUGUAGGAAUUGAUAACAUAAAUAAAAUUAAUGUGCAAAGAUUGGUUCCAUAAAAAAAAAAAAAACUCUGUCUUUGUACCUACUCAGAAGAAAUUGUUAUAACCAUAGAAGUAGUAAUACUGUUUAUAUCAUGAAUUGGCUGUUCCUUCCAUUGUGCCAAUGUAGAAAAUCUUGGCAGAAUCAUUAGAACAUCCGACAGUAUUUAGUUCUGGCCCUUUGCAUUCUGAGUUCAAAUCUUACCAAGGGCUAUUUUUGCAUUCCACUCUUCUAAAGUUGAUAAAAUAGUGCUAGUCAAGUGUUGGGAUUAAUAUACUUGACUCUUCUUUCCCACCAAAAUUUCUUGCUUUGUGCCUAUGUAAGAAAUCAUUACUGUUGUUAUUAUUAUUAUUAUUAUUAUUAUUAUUAUUAUUGUUAUUAUUAUUAUUAUUAUUAUUAUUAUUGUGCUGGACAAAAUGUUUAGCAGCAUUUCUUCUGGUUUUUUACAUUCUGAGUUAAAACCCUGCUGAGGUCAUGUUUACCUUCCACUCUUUUGGAGUUGAUGAAAUAAAGUACCAGUGAAGUACUAGGAUUGGUGUUAUCAACAAUUCCCUCCCCUUAAAAUAACUUGCCAUGUGCCUGAAUUUGAAAUCAUUAUUAUUAUUAUUAUUAUUAUUAUUAUUAUCAUUAUUAUUGUUAUUAAAGCAGUGAGCUGGCAGAAUCGUUAGCGCACUAGACAAAAUACUUAGCAGUAUUUCACCCAUCACUAUGUUCUAAGUCCAAAUUCUGCUGAGGUCGACUUUGCCUUUAGUCCUUUCAGGGUUGAUAAGUACCAGUUGAACACUGAGGUUGUUGUAAUCGACUCAUCCCCUCCCCCAAAAUUGCUGCCCUUAUGGCAAAAUUUGAAACCAUUAUUAUUGUUACUACUACUACUACUACUACUAAUAAUAAUAAUAAUAAUAAUAAUAAUAAUAAUGCAGCGAGCUGGCAGAAUCGUCGGCACUCCAAGCAAAAUAUUUAGUGGCAUUUCAUCUUUCUUUAUUUUCUGAGUUCAAAUUCUGCCUAGGUUGACUUUACCUUUCAUCCUUUUGGGGGGUCGAUAAAAUAAGUACCAGUUGAACACCGGGGUUGAUGUAAUUGACUCAUCCCCUCCCCCAAAAUCACUGCACUUGUGACAAAAUUUGAAACCAUUAUUAUUAUCAUGUGAUCUGGUACCAAAAUUUGAAGCAAUUAUGUUUUCUACAUUACAUCCUAUGACUUUUAUAUUCUGUUUUUCAUCUCCCUAUUAUCACUAAAAAAAGUACCAUUAAUACAGUGGGAUCCAUUCAGUUAGUUGUGCCCGCUGUUUCCUGUAAACAUUGGUGUUAUUUUGAAAUCAAAGAAAUUGUUGUUUCCUGUUUUAUUGUUUUCUCUCUUUUUCGGGCAACUAUUUGUCAGAAAUACUCAAACUUUCCUUUUUUAACUAGCUUUAAUUCUGGUUCCCUUUUUACCACAAUAACCCAAGAACUGUAUUUUCAUCCGAUGGGACUUCUGAACUGCUGAUUCUUAUUUUAUGGAUGUCUGACUCUGUUUAGAUUUCAACUAAGAAGUAUGCUUAUCACAAAAUUAGUGCUUAUAAACAUCCAUUCUAAUUAUCUAAGUCUGCAUUAUCUCAGUUAUUAAUUUACAUACACAUAAAUAUUAGAUCUUCCAAUCUCUGUCUGUUCUAGAUGCCAAAACAAUUGCUGACUAAGAUAGUUACUUAAAUCUCACUGGCUUCAUCACACUACUGUAGAUAGGUACCAGAAAUAGGUUCAGUUCAUCACUGUAUAGAGCCUGACCAAUAUGUAAUUACUGUGUAUUUAGUUAGCUUGCAGUAUUCAAUUCAAGUUCGUCUCUGGGUCUGGAGAAGUCAAGAAGUUGCUCCAUUGCUUAGCUCUAUACAAGAAUCCUUAUUUAGCUUGUUUAGACUCAGUCUCUGGCUAUGAUUUGGUUUGCAGGUGAUGACUUGUAUGCAGCAGUCAAAACUAACUGCAUUACACUCCUUAUAUACAGAUAUCAUUUUUACUUCACCACAUUACAUUUCAUUUAUUUGAUAUCCAUUUGAGCAUAAACUUCUUCAACACAUUUUCAUAAUUAGAUAUAAUUGGCAAAUUGGCAAUGUAAUUAAAACAUUGGAUUGGAUAAAUUGCCUUGCAGUAUUUAUCUUGACUUUUUGAAUUCUGAGUUCAAUUCUCACUGACAUCAACUUUGCCUUUCCUAGUUCCGGUCUUGGGCAAUGAAUUGGCAGAAUUGUUACCGCAUCAGAUAAGUUGUCUUAUAAUAAUUUCUAUUGUUCUUUGCAUUUUGAGUUCAGAUCCUGCUGUGGCCUUCUUGGGUACUAGACUUAAUCCGUAACCCACCCAAUUAAACACCAUCAUCUAAUCCUUGGCUUAGAGUCUGCUUUGUUGCCAGUAUUUUGGCCAAGUCUUUGGUUUGAAGGUACAUCCCCUAACCACUGAAGAUUCCAUACAAGAUCAUGAGCAAAGCCUUUCCUCCUAACUGAUAAAAACUCAUUUACUUUGUCAUAUUAUAAAAUAUCCUUAGUGCUGUGAAUUGGCUGAAUCAGUAGCAUGUCAGUAUUUAGUUAUGACCCUUUAUGUUCUGAGUUCAAAUUCCACUGAAAUAGGCUUUACCUGUUAUUGUUCCAAGUUCAAUAAAAUAAAGUUUCUAUAAAGUACAGGGGUAGAUUUAAUUGAUUAUCUCUCUCUCUCUCUCUCUCUAAACAUUGUGAUCUUUUACCAGUGUUAGAAAGCAAUAUAUUACACAACAACCUUACAAUAUUUAGAUCUAUCCUUUUAACUUCUGACUUCACUCCUUUGUGGACAAUGAAAUAAAGUCUAGAUGCAUUGAGUUAUUCUCUUCUGUUCUGCAAUAGUAUAUCUUUGUAGCAAUGUCCUGACUUUCUUCUGUUGGCUCUCAGCUCCUGAUAAAGUCAUGUAGAUGAGCAUUGUAACACAGGGUGUGUCUUAACCCUUUAACAUUUAGAUUACCCUGCCAAAUAUAAUGCUUGUUUAUUCAUAUUGUUUUGAAUUAAUCAUGCAUUAUCUCAUGGCUUCAAAAUUUUGAUGAUGUGAUUGUUUAUUUUCAGAAAAUUUUUAGAAAUUUAGGGCAUCAGUAAGUGGCCAGAUCUGGCUGGUUUGAACAUAAAAUAGGUAAAAUAUUUAAGCCAGAUAUGGUCGAUUUAAAUGCUAAAGGGUUAAGCAUUUUGAACCUGGUGGAUUUCAUGCCUCUCCAUGUUUGAACAUGGCUGACUUCUUUCAGAAAAAAGAAGAAAAAAAAAUCAACCUUAAUACUAUAGGUUUUAGUAUCCUGGUAAAAUGAAAGGCAAAGUUUACAUUGAUGGGAUUUGAACUCAGUAUGCAGAAAGCUAUAAUGAAUACUGCAAGACAUUCUAUUCAACAUUUUAAUGACUCUGCCAGUCUAAGGAAUUAUGAUUAUCAAGACUUAAGACAGAAACUACAAUAAAUACUACAUGGUAUUUACUUCUAUUUAUCCCUCUUGGCUCUGACUGUACAAGACCUAGCAAGGUCCACUUAUCCUUCCAUCCUGCUAGGAUCAGUAAUAUAAGGGUUUUGGUUUAAUCUCCUAUUCAGUUCUGCCCUCAUACCUAUGUAAGAAAAAAAAAAAAGACAGAGCCUCCAUGUGGUCACCAUAUAUGCUAGAAGUGGCAACCAAAUUUUCCUUUACUCACACUUUCACUAUCUUUAAAACAAGAUGAUAUCUAACAGUAUAUUGUAGUGGUUCCUGACUCUUACACUGAUUGAAGAUUAUCUGUUUGAAUUGAUUUUCCCAUGAAGGCUUUUGAAAAAUUUGUCUAGUCAACAUUUUUUGAAUUCAACUGACAGACCCCACUACUACUGCAAACCUGAGGCUGGGAACCAUUGCUAUAUUUGAGAAUGCAGUAUUAGAGAGAGAAAAAAAUGACUAAUGUUCAUAGUUGGGAAGCUUUUAAACAUAAGCCUGUUCAGUUAAGGCUAUCCUGGGGCUAAACAGUAAUUAAUGCUGUCAUUAUUUCAUUUCCAAUGGCAGUAGAAAUGUCUAAUAAAUAUAUCAUGUAGAUGAAACAAUAACCAUUAAUCAUUAAGUAUUAAUCCGUUCAUAUUAGCUGUCAUGAUGUUUGUUUCGAUUUGACUUUUAAAUUAAUUUUUGUUUGUAGUUGUUGUUUAACUCAAAACCAUCAGUAUUGUUGAACAGAUUUUAAUCAAAAGCUUUCUAGCUAUAACCAUCCUAUCUUUUCCAGACAUAAUAUAUCUAGGACUACAAAGCCUUAUGUGUCCUUUCCCUUAAAAAAAAUUUUUUUUUUUUUGAACCUUUUUGUGACCCAAUGUCUUCUGAAAUACUUGGUCUAUGACUUUUAAUUACUUUUUAAGAUUAACUAGCAUUUGGUGGCAAUUAAUAAAAUAACUAAUUAUGCUAUUAGGAAUUUAGUAUUUGAAAUAUAAUUUAACAAAAGGUUCUUAUAUUAAACUAUGUUGGGAUGUUUUAAUUUAAACAUUAAUACUUUCAGAGGGUUAAGAUAGUAUGAUUUCAGGACAUUGCAGCUGCUAUUUCUUACAAAUUGACUGCAUAGAGGAUUCUUUGUAUCCACCAAGAGUUAAUAAAAUAAAAUUGCAGUGAUAUAUAUAUAAUAUCCACAUCUUUUAUGAUAAUAUUGGUCUUGUGUCUUGGCUGUUGAAAUAAAGUACAGGCUAUUGUUAAUGUCAUUUCGCCCCUAAUUAAACCUUGAUUGAUCAAAAGUAUUACAAUUUGGACUAUUCCAAGCAUGUCCUUUUUUUUUUUUUUUUUAGUUUGUUAGGGUGUGGUUUGAGAGAAUUGUCUGAUAUCUCAACCAGGGUCCAUAGAAGAUAUUUGUAGGGUCCAUGCAACAAAUUAGUAAAUUGGGGAGGGAUCCACAAAAGUAUUUUAAAGGCCUCUGAAAGAAUUUUGAUUUAGAUGUAUGUAUUGGUAUGUAUUACAAGAAACAGCUAUGUAUCUUUCUCUAACAUUUUACAUAGUUCAGCCUAUACAAGUUAAUGUGUGAAAAAACAAAGUAGGAGUUUUGAAAGAAGUAUCUAUAAAACUAGUUUUUAAACAUCGAAUGGCUAUGGCAGUCCACCAAAAUGAAAUAGUAAUCAAAGGGGUCCAUAGAUAAAUAAUGGUUGAGAACCCCUGAUAUAGAGACUUGUUCAUUGGUCAAGGUGAACUUUGAAUGCUAGUGAUCUGUCAACCUGCUGCCACUCAGUCAACUUGUAACCAAAAUAUCCUACUAUCUAAUCAGCCAGCAGAAAACUCAGUAACAUAAAUCCUACCAAAAAUAUAAAACCUUCAUUAUUUUGUUUGAUAUUUCCACUUUAUUUUUCAGUUGAAAGCAUUUCUCUGUCUCUCUCUUUAUUGAUUAUUUUUUUAUUAUCCUAAACUAUAAAUUUUAGAAACUACAAAUGUAGAUUCUAAUUCUUUAUUGGUGCUGGAAUAUUUUGAAUUUUACCUUUGUAUCUUAUCAGACUAUACAAAGAGAUUGUAUAAAAAUGCCUUCAAAAAAAAAAUUAUAGAAAAAUAAAAAAACAGUUAAGUGAAUAAUUUAAAUGUAAUAUCUCUAGUUUGACAAGCAGUUUGAUGCUCCAUGAUUAUCAAUUCUUUGUGCUGUUUCACAUGAAAUACCUGAUUUUCAUAGUACUCUUUUUCUCUCAUACUCAUUCACUCUAUCAUUUUUGCUUGCUCUCUUUCACUCCUUACUCUCUCUCUCUCUUCCACCCACACUCUCUCUCUCUCUUCCACCCACUCUCUCUCUCUCUCUUCCACCCACUCUCUCUCUCUCUCUUCCACCAUAUAUAUAUAUAUAUAUAUAAUAUAUAUAUUGUGUGUGUGUGUGUCUUCUGUUCUAAUGUCUUUUGUAGGUGAUUGUCUUUCUGUCAGUAACUUUUCUUUAAACAUCUUUGUCAGAACUUUAGUCUGUCAAGUACUAUUUCUCAAAGUUAACUAAAAGUAUUUUGAAAUUAAUAGACAUUCUUCUUUAAUAAUGCAUUGAGAGGAUAAUUGCUAUUUUCCUGCCAGUGUGCUACAUCCAAUGACCUUUAGUAGGACCUAAAUUCAUAUAUUAAAUAGAUCUUAGAACAUUUACCAUGAAGUAUAUGUUGAUGAUGAUGGCAAUAUAACUACUAAUUGUUCAAUAAAUAAUGAAUGAUAGAUUUGUGUGUGUGUGUGUGUAAAAUACUGUGUUUGAACUAAUUGAAAUUAUGUUGUAUGUUCUAUAUAUGAGUGUCAUAAACUGUUGGCAUAUUCCCUUUGUUUCUACUGCUGACAAAGCCAAAACAUAAAAAAAAAAAAACAUUGGGUGUGCUAAUAAUGUUUCAAAUUGGACUUGUGUAAAUCUCUAUCUAACCAGUGCCAGGUCAGUUCUGGGAGUCUUGUUCUUACAGCAAGCCGCCACCCAACUGAAGCCUUUCCCAAAAACAACAUUUUCAUUAUAUGUUAAAGAUUUUAUUUUUAAUCUUUCAGUUCUUUUCUUCUCAACACCUUCUCUCUGUUGUUCUUCCUCCAUGCAACUCACUAAAAUAAAGUUGAUUAAAAAAAAAAACAACCAUCUUUUUUUGUUUUUAGCUUCUGUUGUUACUAUUUCCAACUGCUUUCUUUUUUUCCAUCUAUAUAGUCAUCAACUCUAUUGGCCUUUCUUCCUUUUUCUUUUGUCUCUCCUAUUUUUCUUGCAUCCUUUCACCAAUCAAUUUAUUUUCUGAUAAAUCUAUACUUUCUGAAACGAUUUUUCUUUCGAAGAACAUUACAGAACUAUUUUUAUGGCUUUUUCAUCAGAUGUUACUCUGAUGGUCUUUGCUAGAAAAAUGUUAACUUGUGAAACAAUAACUCAGCUAGUAGAAAUAGUAUUUGCAGUAGUGAAUUAACUGAAAAGAACACUAGAAAAAAAAAAAAGGUGGUUCAUUCGUUAUAUCUUAUAAGAUAGUGAAGUUUGUUUUUGUUGUUAAAUACAGAAAUUAUCUUUUUAUUGUUCCAUACCAAGAUUGUGCUUACUCCAAGGCAAAAUGAUAAUAAAGCAUACAUUAACCAUCUGGUAGCAUGAUGAGAA